CUCCUCUCUUCACUCGGGUCGUGCGUAGUAAAAUGGCCGUCCGACUCGACCUGAAUGAGUGACGUUUCUCGUAAAGGUGUUCCCGUACGCGAUUCGCGCCGCGCAGUGUUUCCAUGAAUAUUCGUGCGCGUGUCCGCGCACGGCUGUCACAGCGUGUCCCGCGUGUCCGUCCGCAUCCUCGUUCGCGCCUAAGUUCCGGCCGAUCACGCGGCCAGAUACGUGCGCCUCUUUCCACGGCCUCCACGGCGGUACGUUUCGCCGCAAACGCAUCUAGGCACCGACAAAGACGUGUGACAUACCCCGGAUGGCGUGACUUCAAGUUGCACACACAUCUAUACAUAAAAAAAAUAUCUGUGAAAAGACUGAUCAUUAUAGGAAAACACUGCAAAGGGGCAAUAUUUUAGGAAGAUGGAUACUCGAUGCAAAGCAUAGGUUUGCUUCAAAGACACUUUGCAUUACGCUAGAUUAUCUCCACAUUCUAUCGUGAGUCAAUCUUCGUUUUCGAGCAAGACAAAUUCGAAGGGAUUAAUGUUACGAUGCGUGCACGAAAGAACAGAAGCUAGAGAUUCGCGUUCCAUUCAACGGAAUUCUAUUUUAUUCGGCCCUCUGUCUUGGCGCGAGGCGCGAGUUAAUAGAGCCUACUGUGCGGCAACUGCCAUGCCAACGUACCACAAUGCGGGUGGCGGAUACCCGAAUGUGUCAGCGCCAGCGCGACAAGCGAAGCUCGACGGCAAUCAAAAUCAUCACACUAUCCCUUCAAACGUAACGUCCCAUCCCCUCAUACAAAACAGCACUCAGCAGCAGCAGCAGCAACACAGCGUUCCUUCAAACCUGUCUGCAGGUAACAUUCCGUCCCAUCCAGUAUCGCCGACGAUGACCACGCAUUCGAGCGUCACCACCCCGAACAUCACCACGCACGUGAACACCGCGCCCUCGCCGGUGAUUCUCACCUCCAAUGUCAUUAAUCCGGGCGCCAACACCACCGCGUUGCCGGUCAAUCCGCGACACGAGGUGAAGCUGAACGCGAUGCCAUGGUUCCAUGGAAAGAUAUCUAGAGAAACGGCAGAAAGAUUGUUGCGACCGCGGGAGGAUGGUUUGUUCCUAGUCCGCGAGUCAACGAAUUUUCCCGGAGACUACACGCUCUGCGUAUGCUACCAAGGACGCGUACAGCAUUAUAGGGUCAAAUAUAAAAACAAUCAGCUAACGAUCGAUGAUGAGGAAUUUUUCGAGAAUCUAGCGCUCUUAGUGGAGCAUUACGAGCAGGAUGCGGACGGUUUAUGCACGCAGCUAACAAAAUCCUUACCGAAACAAGGCAAGCAAGAUUUCUGUGUCGACCCAAAAGCAUUCGUAGAGGCCGGUUGGGUGAUUCAGACUCACGAGUUAGAAUUAAGAGAGUGCAUUGGAAAAGGAGAGUUUGGCGAUGUACUGUUAGGCGUUUAUCGAGGGGAAAGAGUCGCGGUGAAAAUGUUGAAGGAUAAUAGCGAAGCGGCGCAGAGGUUUCUGGCCGAGGCAAGUUUAAUGACCUCCUUGAUACAUGACAAUCUAGUUAAAUUACUCGGUCUCGUUUUUAAUAAUCAACAUAUGUACCUGGUUACGGAAUAUAUGAGUAAAGGAUCCCUGGUGGAUUAUUUACGCUCGAGAGGACGACUACACGUUUCUAAAAAAGAUCAGAUCAACUUUGCAUACGAUACGUGUGCCGGUAUGGCGUACCUGGAAUCCAGACAUGUUGUUCAUCGAGACUUGGCAGCGAGAAAUGUUCUUGUGGCAGAGGAUAAUUCCGCUAAGGUAUCCGAUUUCGGAUUGGCACGGGAUGAAAACUUUUCCCUCGAUGGUGGAAAGCUUCCAAUCAAAUGGACUGCACCAGAGGCUCUAAAACAGAAUAAGUUUUCAAACAAGUCUGAUAUGUGGAGUUUUGGAAUUCUUCUUUGGGAAAUUUAUUCCUUUGGUCGUGUACCGUAUCCGCGAAUUCCAUUAGCCGAUGUUGUAAAAUGUGUAGAAAAAGGGUAUAAGAUGGAACCACCAGAUGGAUGUCCUGCGGAAGUUUACGAUAUUAUGAGACAGGCAUGGGAUUUACAGCCAGAAAAAAGACCGAGUUUUCACGAUAUAAAAGUAACACUCGGCCAAUUAAGAGCUGAGUAUACCAAAGGCGUGAAUUAAAAAAAAAAACUUAAUACAUUUAAAAAAACUAUAAUGAACUUAGCGAGAACUGAGAAAGCGGGAACUGGUGCGUCUGAAUGAUUUUUGUUUUUGGAGCGAAAAAAUAGUGAUUCUGAAUAUUUUUAUUAGAAAGUAAAGAAAGAGACAGGACCUCUCUCGAUUGUACAUUGUAUACAAAAAAUAGUAUUCGCUUUGCUUAUAUUUAUUGUUAUUUUAGUUCUUGAAAUGUAUGGGGAGAGUUUUAAUUUUUACAUAGUAAUAUUUUGCACAAGUAUUACCUAUGGUCAAUCGUGCCUUUGUCCAAGUUGACAUUCCGAAUCAAGAAAUUCAACUUGUACAUAUAUCUGGAUAAAGAAAUCCAGAUAUAUUCGGAAUAAAAUCUCAAAUUUAAAGAUGCGCAAUUGCCUACUUAACUUUCAAUAGUCACGAUUCUUUGAAGUCUAUUAUGGUGAUGAUAAAAAUAGCUGAUAGCUCGUGAUUAUCAUGGUUUUUCUAAGUAAUUCAAGUUUUUCUUUUACAUUUAUAGCGCACAGGUAACAUAUGUAUAAUGUAUUGAAGAUUUUUUAGAUUCAUUACACAUUACAUUAUGUAUUCAUAAUUGCAUUCAUCUAAUCUUGGAUCAUUGAUUAUUAUCUCGUUCUUUGUUAAAA